AUGGCGUCGGUUGUAUCACCAGCCGCAUCACUGGCCCCAGCAGGGCCACCAAAGUCAGUCACGAGUAAGGAGUGGGUUGUUCCACCCAGGCCGAAGCCUGGCCGCAAGCCCGCAACAGACACGCCACCUACCAAACGCAAAGCUCAAAAUCGUGCUGCGCAGAGGGCUUUCCGCGAAAGGAGAGCUGCAAGGGUUGGCGAAUUGGAGGAGCAACUUGAGGAGCAGACUGAAGAGCAUCAGCGUGAGCAAAAGUUAUUGAAGGACCGCAUCCAUUCGCUAGAGCUCGAGGCACAGACACUCAAAACAAGAUGUCAGGUGCUCGAAAACAUGCUCGAGAGAGAGCGGUUUGAGCGCAGGAAAUGGAGCGAUGACAGUUCGCGGAAUUCAAUCUCCAGACGCGGAAGCGUCACACUUUUGCCGGCACAUAAUCCCUCUCUCACGGGGCCUCUGUUUCCCAGCGCCGGAGCUAGUCAAUAUCACGGCCGAAGUUAUGAAGAGCAAGGGCAUCAUCUGGCUACCUCACCAGCAGCCGGACCGAGGAGCCAAAAUCACUCAUUUUCCAUCUCUCAAAUUAUCUCCCCGCCAGAAGAAGCUGUUUCUAUCGCGCCGGCAUCACUGUCAUGCGGCUCAUGCGGGCCCACAGGGUCAUGCGCAUGUGCAGAGGAGGUUCUCGCUGCUACAGUAGGAUGCGGCAACUGCUCACUGGGCACAAAGUGCGAGUGCCUUGAGGCAACUGUAGAGAUGGUGAUGGGAUCAUCAGAUCUCAAAAGGCCUCAUCGCCCAGGCUCGCCAUCAUCCACUGGCCCGGAGCCAGAGGAGAAACGUCAGCGAUCUGACACGGUCAUGGAGACCGACUUCACUUCCUACUUUACCAGUAAAAAGUCCAAUGCGGAGCGCAAUCCAGCGCCGCGCUCCUUCCUCCCUCCAACAAUUCAACCUAUACCGCCGAGGGACUCGUGUGGCUUUUGUACCGAGGGAACAUACUGUGUCUGCGCUGAUGCGAUGAACCCCAUGGUGUCUACCACACCAAACCUCACUGCCCCCAUUCCUCCAUCCAACCCUACGCGGCAGAUCCAGACGCCGCCGCCAUCCGAAACAGACGUUAUGCCACCGCCUAUGGAAGUGACUGCAACUGGCGCUAUCAAGCUUCCCAGCUUCGAGUCCAUCAGAUACGCAAAAGCGGCGGCGGCAAAGUCAUCAUCAUCGUCAUCAUGCGGACCUGGGGGUCCAGGAACCUGUGCGCAGUGUAUCGCGGACCCCAAAUCUGGCUUGUUCUGCCGCUCUUUGGCUGCAAGCUUAGAAAAAAGUGGCCAGUCGUCUUCUGGUGGAUGCUGCGGCGGCGGUGGACCUGGCGGGUGCUGCAAGCAACAGCCGGCGAAGAACAGCAAGCCAGAUGGCGACCGCAUUGGACUAAGCCUCUCAUGUGCGGAUACGUACAAGACACUUUCUAGCCAUAAGGCUUUCGGUCAGGCAACCGAUGAUCUUGCUACAUGGCUGCCUCUCUUGAAAGCCGCACCAAAACCGCAACCUAUGGAGCCCGGGAACAGCGCUACGGCGCCGAGACCUGCUAUGGAUGUUGAGGCCGCCAGCAUUAUGAGCGUACUCAAAGGGUUUGAUGUCAGGUUUGGAUCUGGCAAUUGA